CCACGUGUGAAGAAGCGCACGGGCCGCCUCAUCACCUCUUCUGCUCCCCCUGUCCCCACUUCCACACAUUGCUCCAAUCUUCUUCUCCCUCCAAUGGCGCCCGCGCCCACCACCCCCUCCUUCCUCCGGCCCCCGCCGCUGCACCCCCACCGCAUCCGCCUCCCCGCCCCUCCUCCCUCCGCGUCCUUCCGCCUCUCCGAAAUCCUCGGCGGCCGCGGCCUCUGCAAUGGUGAGGUCGGCAUCCGCAAGGAGCUCCUUUCGCCCACCCCGCCCUCACCUCCUCCAUCCACGCCCUCGGGAGACUCCUCACCAGGAAGCGCUGAGUCGGACCCGCCGGCGGUGGACCCGGACGCGUUCGAGAAGGAGAUGAUGGGCCUCACGGGCGGCUUCCCCGGCGGCGAGGUCGGGCUCAAGGACUUCGUCGCCAAGAACCCGCCUCCUCCUCCCAAGAAAACCCAAACGGACGGGAAAGCGUCCUCCGCCGUGGUUCCGGCGGGGAGGCCGAGGGCACCCGAGCUGCCGCUGUUCCUCCCGGGCAUGGUGGUGCUCGUCAAGAACCCCAACAACGCGUACCACAUGUACUGCGGCAUCGUGCAGCGCGUCACCGAUGGGAAGGUCGGGGUGCUGUUCGAGGGCGGGAACUGGGAUAGGCUCAUCACCUUCGGCGUCGACGAGCUCGAGGGCCGGGAGAAGGGCCCGCCCAUGGUGAACCCCAAGUCGGUCGUGCUCGAGGCGCUCGUCGCGGCCAUGGACGAGGACGAGGUGGCCGAGAAGAAGAAGGAAGAGGAAGGCACGGCCGCCAUAAAGGCUUGAGUUGCCAUGCUUCUUGUUCAUGUUCCUGCAUGGAUGUGUGUGUGUAUGUAUGUGUAGUUGAAGUGUUAGUCUGAAUUUGGAACAAAUAUGGAGAUAAUGAAAUUUAGCUUUCUUGUUAA